AUGUGGUUGCGCUUCCUUUUGUUCCUGCUUUACAUGACCCUCUCUGUCUUUGCCACGGGUCAUCAGCACACUCAUUCUAAACACUCUCAUUUGCAUUCUCCUCAUCAUUCUCAUAAACGCGCUUCCAACAGCUCUUCUCACGAUGGGUCAAGCCUAGAUGAGGCACGGAAGCUCUUGGCUGCUGGCCAAGCUGCCAUGGCUCAUGCAAACCGUGCCAUUAUUGCCAACCCUCGUCCAAACCGUCUGGAAGUGCUCAACGCUACAGAGCUUGCAAAGGCUCAGGAGCCACCUCCACCACUGGACUAUCGAAACGUCACUGCAUCUUCACUCAAGGCUAGAGAUUCAGGAAAUGGAACGGCGAAAGACCUUCGCUAUUCUGUUCCUGAUGAACUUAUCAAGGCUGCACGUCUUCUUUCAGAGAACUGGAAACCAUCCCCCAAGGACCUCGACGGCGGCUACGCUGCUGACGUGCAACACUUGAAGGAUGACUUCAUGAUCAAGGUCAACGAUACCAACAUGAUGCCUCCCAUGCUUCAGUAUGACUCAGGCUUGAUCAAACACGUCGAAGAGCCACCUUCCGCCUUCCGCUACAGUGCCAACGAAUCUGAUAUCGCUGAGCCUGCUGCGGACAAAGACGAGAGUCUUGGGAAGAGAGCUAGCACGGAUUGGUGGAUGGCCACCAUCUCUCAAAGAGGCUCUAGCCCCUUUGCCCCGUCUGGAUACCAAGCGAGUGACGGUAUUGCUGACGAUACGGAUGCCAUCAACAAAGCCAUCUCAAGCGGUGGUCGAUGUGGUGGAGGCAAAUGUACCGGGAGCACCAUCUACCCAGCAACCGUCUACUUCCCUCCAGGCACAUACAAAGUUAGCUCUUCCAUCAUUCAGUAUUACAAUACCGAGAUGAUUGGCAAUCCGCUUGAUCUUCCUACCAUCCUUGCAGCUCCGAGCUUCGUCGGUCUCGGUGUGAUUACUUCCAAUGUCUAUACAGGAGAGACGUCUCAAUGGUAUCUUAACACGAAUAACUUUCUGCGUAGUGUCCGAAACUUCAUCAUCGACAUUCGCCCAACUCCUGCUGAUGCACAAGUCUGUGGAGUUCACUGGCAGGUUGCUCAAGGCACUUCCCUCGAAAAUAUUCACUUCUAUAUGACGAAACCAAAAGAUGAUCCUAAAACAACCCAGCAGGGAAUCUACAUGGAGAACGGAAGUGGUGGUUUCCUUUCCGACCUUUACUUCGUUGGAGGAAAAUAUGGAGCAUACAUGGGCAACCAGCAGUUCACAGCCAGUGGUCUUUACUUCGAAGAGGCUGAGACAGCUAUUCAGAUCCACUGGGAUUGGGGCUGGACCAUGCAGAACAUUGUAGUUGACAACUGCAAGAUUGGUUUUACCAUCGUGGGCGGCGCAGGAGGAAUUGGCUCGCUCCACAUGACCGACCUUCGAAUGCACUACGUCAAGGUCGCUGUAUCAACCUCGAUCAUGUCCGACAACUCGACCGCUUUGUUGCUGAGCAACUCUGGUUUCUAUUACGUGGACACCAUCGUUGAAGAUACCUCCAAGAAGCAGGUUCUUCUACCCGGUGGUCCCAAAACCAUCAACGUUGAUACCUGGGGUUUUGGGAGAGUCACCAGCGCCAAUGGUACCACGGCUUUCCACAACGGUGCAAAACUUGACAGCCCCGUGAGAGACCCCUCUCUCGUUACCGGUGACCGCAGUCAAUUCUUCACUAGGCGUCGUCCCAAAUAUGAUGAUUUGGGAUUCAGUCAGAUCAUCGAUGCCAAGGGCUACGGUGCUAAGGGUGAUGGCAAAACGGAUGACACUGCAGUUCUAAGACAUUUAUUUUCUGCGGCUGCAAACAUGUCUGCCGUUGUGUAUAUCCCCUUUGGUGUGUAUAUCAUCACAGACACGGUUGAGAUUCCGGUUGGUUCUCGUGUCAUCGGUCAAGCAUGGCCUCAGAUCAUGGCGACUGGGUCCAAAUUUUCCGACGCUCUGCAUCCUCGUGUCGCCGUCCGUGUCGGUCUUCCGGGCCAAGUUGGUGUUGUGGAGAUUCAGAACAUGAUGAUGACCGUCAAGGGAGCUACAGCCGGUGCCAUCAUGAUGGAAUGGAAUGUGCAUGAAUCUGGUCAAGGCUCUGUUGGCCUAUGGGAUACCCAUUUCAGAGUUGGUGGCGCAGCGGGUACUGAUCUUACUGUCAAAGACUGCCCGAAGCUAUCUGGCAAAGUGAACAAGAACUGUGUCGCCGCAUCUCUUAUGCUUCACAUGACCCCUGAUUCCUCUGGUUAUUUCGAAAACGUCUGGAUGUGGACAGCAGAUCACGAUUUUGAUACAGCCGACCAAACCCAGGUUGACAUCUACGUGGGAAGAGGCAUGCUUGUCGAAAGCAAGGGUCCUACAUGGCUUUGGGGUACUUCUGUAGAGCACUGCGUACUGUAUCAGUACCAGCUCUCGGGCGCUCAGAAUGUCGUUAUGGGUCUCAUUCAGACCGAGGCGCCCUACUUUCAGUCUUUUCCCGAAGCCCCAGCUCCUUUCACGCCUGGAGCCUUCCCUGACGACCCCGUGUUCCACGACUGCACCUCCAAGAACUCCAAGUCUUGCGCUGUAGCUUGGGCAUUGCGCAUCAUAGAUUCGUCAGCAGUCCAUGUUCUCAGCGCUGGCCUUUACUCCUUUUUCUCCCGUUAUGAUCAGACAUGCCUCAAGUCAGGUCGACAUGACUGCCAGGACAAGAUCUUUUACGCAGAGCAGAGCUACGAUGUCUGGGUCCAGAAUCUCGUCACACUCGGCAGUAUAGAGAUGGUCAGUCCUUUGAAUGGAGUUCCGACGUUGGGCAAGCCAAACAGAAACGGCUUUGCUUCUUCCAUCCUUGCCUGGCUUGGAGGUUCCAAGAAUGUUACCGGCCAGCGAACUUUUCCAGGCUACAAGAUCCAUUCGGAGGAUACAAUUGGUAUCGAUGACUUCUCUGAGGCCUGCCAAAACGCUCUCACGGCUCUUGUGCGAUGUGACGAUGCCACAAGCGGAUGGACAAGGGCUUCAUAUCAUGGAAUUCUCCCUGUGGAUCCAUUUUGGAUUAGCGGUCAGCUGUCGAUACCUACUGCGGUGAUUCUAAGUGGGCAAAUGGCGCUGCUGCUAGUAUCAUGGGUUCUUUUAUCUCACAAGGUAUCAACGAGACAUGUCAAACCGACAAGAAAACUAGAAAGAACUAUAACGACAUCAUCCUCAACUUUAGCGACACUGAUACUCUUAAAAAGAUGCCGAAUAGCGAACUUUGCUAGUCCUUACUCAUACUAUAAGAGGGAGUCUUUCUACCAAGAGGCCCUCAAGGCAGCCGUCUCACGAUGCUCUCUAUCGGGUCAGGCAACCACUGCCAAAGACUCUCCUUUCCCUUCUAAGUCGGCUAAGCCCGCCUUCUAUCUUUCCGAAGUCAAGCAUACCAUCCAAUCCGGCGAUACUUGCGACUCAUUGGCCAUCAAAUACAGCAUCUCUUCAGUAGCUAUCUUUAUCGGCAACCCUAAUAUCCUCGAUUGCAACGACAUAGUCCAAGGCCUAUCUAUCUAUCUACCGCUCCAAUAUAAGACAUAUAAACUCCGGCCAGACGACAGCUAUAUGUCUGUCUCCGCGGCUAUAGACCUUAAGCCAGCCGACAUCCGCUUUCUCAACCCCUGGAUACAUAAGCUUUGCGGAAACAUCAGGUCCGCCCAAGAGACCCUCGGUAGCGUCAUUUGCAUAACUACGCCUAGUGGCGAGUUCGAAUAUGACGUCAACAAUACGAGUUCAGACCCAGCAUACUCCGAGUAUACUAACAAGGCCAUUCCACCUCCCAAGGGUGCCACUCUAGCGGAAAAGACGACUAAAGAAUAUAGACGUUGGUAUAUAGUUCAAGAGGGAGAUAACUAUGCUAUAGUUCUAGUCCAGCACCAUAUCAGCCUUCGUCUCUUCACCGCUGCCAAUCCAUCAGUUUCGCAAGACAAGUGCACCACAGAUCUUAUUCCAGGAAAGACCUACUAUGUCAGACCAACCACUAAGGCUUUCUCAAAUCAAUGGGACAUUCCUCCGCACUAG